UUUAAGGGAAUAAAAUUUUUAUUGCUACUUGCUUAAUGGGCAAAUGUCGGAGGGUUCGUCAAAUAUAACGCGGAAUGGUAGCGCACGUAAGGCUCGCCCUACCAUGCAGCUGUACUGUCCCAGAAUGCUAAGAACCGCUGCAGUUGGGAAGAACAUAGAUGCUAAAGAACAGAAUGCAAAUAUCAAACAGCAAGUGAACUCAGUGAAUAUUGUGAAAGGUUCCAAAAAUGGCAAGGAAAAUGAUAAAAAGAAGGGAAAUUGGAGAAAUCAAACACAUGGUCGAGAAUUUAUUAGCGAUACGUUAUGGAAAGAGCAUGAUGACGAUGAACGCCACUAUAUUCUUACGAGCAAUGACUACGCUAAUUUGGAUUCUUGUGUUGGUAAUCGGCAACACAGCAGCAACUGUUCAUCAAAUGGUGGUACGUACGAAGUGGAAAUGAAUUCCAGCGAAUCACUGCGAAAAAACAGCAACAGCAUUAACAUAUCGUCCGAUGAUCUUGCAGACAGUUUCGGCUCACCAAAAAGAAGACCUGGCAGACGAAUGUAUUCUAGUUCUUAUAACUGUUAUAGUUCUCAAUCACUUUGCGAAAGCUGCUCUACAUAUAAUGAUGUGCAUCAUUAUAACGGUCCUGCCAGUUUACGAUUUGAAACCAAAAUAUUUUCAAGGAAUCAAAAGGAAACGUUCGGUUUAAAUUCAACUUCUUCAGGUAAUAAUAGCAGCAUCUGUCGGGAGGAACGCUAUUUAUCACCAGCAACAAAUCGUUGUCAUCAACAGCAGUAUCAUUCGCAACGAGGCAGUGGUUACUGUAGUGGAGAUGGGAGGCGUAACCUAAACAAAAAUCGUACUUUGCCAUUCCGUCAUGGUUUUAAUGAAAGAUUAAUGUGCGCUGAUGGCAAUGAUCUAAGCCGAACAAGCUUUGAACGUCGCAGUCCACUCAAUCGUCAGCGAAAUUGGUCUUUUAGAAGCAAUCAGUCGGAAGAUUUCGUUCGUCCCCGUCAUCGAAACAGCAAAGCUGGUCGCGUUGGCCGAGUUAGUAAUAUGUCACAGGAUAAUGAUCAGGAUGCUGAAAGGAAGGAAAGUUUGACGAAGAAGUCUGGAGCAGCAUCAAAGCAUAUAUCUUUCCAGGAUUUAUGUGCCAGUCUUGAUUCGAUUGACUUGACUUCAUUUGACUGGAGUUCGGAAGUGGAAGCUGAAGAACGGCGUAAGAAGGAAAGGGAGAAACAAAAACAUGUGGUUGAAGAACAACCACUGCAAACAAACCCUUCCAGUUCGCAGAAUAAAAGAUCUGGGCGUGAUCUCACUUCUUUUUCUAAGUUCCGAAAUCGUUCAGGAGGUGUCAGUGAUAGCAAUGUUUCUGGUCACUUACACUCUAGAAAUGCUAAGGAACCGUCAUUCGGACGUGGGCGUCGUUUUACUAAUAAUCCACGAAGACAAAGAAAUGAUAGUUUUACAAGUCAAACAUCAAGUAUUGCCGAAAGUAUCGAAGAACAAAGUGACAUGGAAGGUGGUAGUGGUGAAAUAACACCAACUACUGACCAUCGAGAGAUGACAUCAGUUUUUUCCAGUCAGAUCAACGAAAAGAAAGGAGAGAGGCAUUAUCUAGAUGUGGAAGUUCCAUUUAUUAACGAAGUUCGCAAAUUUGGUGAUCCGAGUACAAAUUACACAUAUCGAGGUGGGCAUGACAGUAGAGGACGAAAUAAACGCGGAAAUCGAUGGAGAAUGAGGAAACAGCACAAUCCAGACGAAACGGAAGUAGCUGUGAGUGGCUGUAUUUCUGCGGUUUCACAGUAUACUCAGAAUAAUACGCGCAGUGGUAACAGAGAUGACGAUUUGAGUGCCUCAGCAUCUAAUUUCCUGAAAACAACCUCGACCACAACAAUCAAGAGUAUUAGUGGACUGAAAACUGUUGCACUGAGAAAUCCUCGAGAGGAACAGAAACACUCUGAUGUAUCAUCACCGUCUAAUGGAUCAGUAGUUUUCCGGGCCGAAGUUUCAACUGAAUCAUCGUUUAGAAAGACAAAAAGUAAUAGAUUUCGAAGAGAGCUACCACCUACGGAAUGGCCAAUACAUUUGGAAAUUUCACGCAAAGAAGGCCCGCAAAUUCAAGCUUUGAAUGACACAAUCAAUCACUUGAUUAAUCGAAUAACAGAAUCUGCGGAUUCAAGUGCUGGUGAUGAAAUCUUGGUGGCCAGUAACUUAUUAUCGAAACUUUAUUUAUCAAUUGUGACAAGAAAUAUCAAUUAUACUUACACAAUGAAUCUGGAGCAACAUUUAUGGAAACAGUGCUUUUAUACGUCCAUAGAAGCUCUGCGCGCUGCAAGUAAUUCGACGGAAAAUUCCUCUCACAUUUUUCGCACAGGUUUAUCGAAACUUAUCCAACAGGGUCUAGCUUUUUAUGCAGUGCUGUUAAAUAAGUAUGAAGUAACAUUUGGUUUUAUUAUUGACGAUUAUUUGUACUGGCCGUCAGCUCUACCAUCUGAUGAUUUCGUUGGAUGUAUACUGACUAGUUCUGGAGCUCAUGAAGCAACGGAUCAUAUCAUUAAGGUGGCACUGUUAUCUAUCCAAAGACUAGCAGUUUCAAUUGGUGAUUUGCACCGUUACGGCAUCAUGGUUUCAGGUGUUAAAGAUUAUUCAUGUGCAAGAUUAUGGUAUCAGAAAGCAGCACAGUUGGCUGCAGGGAAUGGGCGUUCUUAUAAUCAGUUGGCUCUACUUGCUGUCUACGAGUCAAAAUGGAUCGAUGUAAUAUUCUAUUAUGUUCGAGCUCUGGCAGCGCGCUAUCCAUUUGAAACUGCGCGACAGCCACUUUUCACCGCUUUCAAUCAUGUUCAAAAGAAAGUAAGUGAAUUUGAAAUCGAGUUCAAUGCACGCAUUGGUGAUAGCGCAACACGGGAAGCGGAAGCAGCUGCCGCUCGUGCUGAUAGGCCACAGGAAAUCUGGAUUGCACAAGAUGGAAAGCUUUCUUCUGGGGAUUAUGCAAAUAUUGCGGAUAAUCGAGCUAUCCAUGCUUUGAGAUCGGUUUCCACUGUUGAGUUAUUCCGCCGUGCAGUGCCAUAUUUGCUUCACACAGCCGGACUUCUUAUUACUAAAAUUGGAAUGGAGGAAUAUGACAGUAUCAGCGAACGGGCAUUAUUUCAACUGUCACAGCUGAUAUCACGUGACGAGUGUCCACUUUCUUCUUUACACCUCAUACAACUAUGCACUCUUUUUCUCUACGCUGUUCAUAGCUUAACUCUGAAAAAUAAUGAACCAGGCACUUGUUCCUUACAACAGCAACAAGCCGUACAAAUGGUCCUAAGUUUGUUUGGGGUAAUUUUAAGGCCAGUAUACGACCAGCUACCAAAUUUGUCAGAGGUUCUGAACGGUUUUGUUAGCCUGCCGUCAAAGACGCGUCGAGUACUGCCGGCUGUUUUCGUUAUUUCUGAAUGGUUAUCGACGCCUUCCGUAAAUCGUCUGUACAGAAGUAUGCCAUCGUUGGAAUCCAUCGAAACUUCACUUAUACAAGUUGAUACUUGGAAAUUAUUUGCUGGUGUUGCAAAUACUUUAGUGAAUGCUGAAUCUAAGGGAAUUUUGUCGAGGACUGUUGCACAAUCUGAUGAAAAAUCGGAAGAAUAUGUAGAAAUUGUGCUUCCGGAGGCAGUUUUUUUGGCAUCCUUUAUUGAUGUGUUUACUGUGUUGCCAAAAUCGUUACGAAUGUCAUCUUUAGCAAAUGUCGACCUUUGCAAUAAUUCACCUCUUCUGGCCCUCCAUGCUCGUUUAUCAUCCCUUUUAUCAACAGCAGAAUAUUUGGAUGGCUCAGGAUUGCCAUGCUUUGGAUUCGAUGAACAUUUGCGUUGUUUUGCUGCAACCCGUUGUGCAUCACCAGUUACCGUUCAAAGUAUAAGAACGAGAGAAUGUGGUACUGAUUUUGACCAGCAGUUUGAUAACUCAGAGCUUGAGCAUGAAGCACUGGAACAAGAUUUAAGUCAUUUCUCCGACGAGUACAAACAUUAUAGACAAACUGUUCGCGAAAAUCAAGUAAAACAGAAACUUCUGGAACGUGAAACGAUGGGAAAUCGAAUGAUAAUUGAAGUACGCCCGAAGUAUUUGGUACCCGAUACAAAUACAUUUAUCGAUCACUUGACAUCUAUUAAAAAAAUUGUUGAAAGUCACCGAUUCACCGUACUGGUGCCAACAACUGUUUUCUCAGAAUUAGAAAGCCUCUCACGCCUUGCGCCUUCGUCUAAACCUACUGUUGGAGGGCAAGAAGAUUUUCAAGAUCAUUGGGUUGGUGAACGAGCGAAAGAUGCAGUCGCCUAUCUGAAAGAUUUAAUUGGUAAACAAGUACCUCAAGUCUAUACAAUAACCAGCAAAGGAAAUCUACUAACUUCGCUCAUGUUUGCUACGGAGGAAACUUGCGCUUCAGGAGAAUUGAAGGCGGUGAAUGACGAUUUUAUUCUGUCAAGUUGUGUAAACUUUGCGAAAACUCGACCUAAACCUGCAAACACCUUAGCAACAGCACAGUCAGCAUUGGUGCGUAUGGUGGAUGUGGAACAGCCAGCAAAACUUUAUCGAAGUGUUGUUUUAUUAACUGAAGAUCGUGCACUGAAUAUCAAAGCUGUAUGCGAAAAUAUACCGUGCAGGACAGUACCAAGUUUCAUGAAAUGGGCGGCGCUUAAAUAG